AUGGCAGACCGCCUCUUUAAGCCGAUCAAAGUCGGUAGCAUCACGCUCAAGAACCGCCUGCCUAUGGCACCAUUGACCAGGUUCAGAGCAGACAAGGAUAACAACCCCAGCGAGUAUGCCAAGGCAUAUUAUGAGCAGCGAGCAUCAGUCCCAGGAACCUUACUCGUCACAGAAGCGACUUUUAUAUCUCCACAGGCUGGAGGCUACCCAAACAUUCCAGGAAUCUGGACUGAGUCUCAGGUCGCUGGCUGGAAAGACAUUGUCGAUGCUGUCCAUCGGAAAGGCUCGUAUAUCUACCUACAACUAUGGGCGCUGGGGCGCGUUGCACAGGAGAAGGUCCUGGCUCCACAGGGUUUCCGUGUUCGAAGUGCUAGUGCGAUCAGUGCAAUCGCUUCGCAGACGGGGCUUGGUGAGCCAACGGUUGUGCCAGACGAGAUGACAGAGGAUGAGAUCCAGAGCUUCAUCAAAGAUUAUGCACACGCCACCAGAAACGCUAUCAAAGCUGGCUUUGAUGGUGUAGAGAUUCAUGGCGCCAACGGCUACCUCAUCGAUCAAUUCUGGCAAGACGUCAGCAAUCAACGCCAAGACGCAUGGGGCGGCAGCAUCGAAAAGCGUGCCCGCUUCGGCCUCGCAGUCACCAAAGCGGUCGUCGAAGCGGCAGGUGAUAGCAAGAAAGUCGGCAUGCGUCUCUCGCCAUGGGGUAACUUCCAAGGCAUGCUCAUGAAAGAGCCCGUCCCUCAGUUCAACUACAUCAUCGAAGAGCUCAAGAAAUUUGACCUCGCAUACUUGCACUUGAUUGAGAGCCGGCUUUCAGGUAGCGCUGCCGAUGGUGUGUAUCAUGAUGAGUCCGGUACUGUCGAGCUUGACCCAUUCAUCAAGACUUGGGGCUCGAACGAGCCGUUGAUUCUGGCUGGUGGGUAUACGCCUGACAAAGCGAAGAAAGUGGUCGGUGAGAUGUAUACAUCUGAUAACAUCCUGAUCGCAUUUGGACGGUAUUUCAUCAGCACGCCGGAUCUACCGUACAGGCUGCAGCAUGGAAUCGAGCUCAACAAGUGGGAUCGACCGACUUUCUACAAGCCAGGUCCAGGUGGAUAUACCGACUAUCCUUUCAGCGAGGAGUUUUUGAAGCAGGCUCAGCAGGAGAGCAGAUUAUGA